GCAUUGGGUGGCAGUGAAGAUAAUGUUAACGUAUGGGUCUUGUUAUUAGUUUCAAAGAACAAGAUUUAUAAUUACUAUUCAGCACCAACGAUAACAAAAACAAGGCCACCAAACCCAACCUCUGUGUCCGAAAAUUGGGUCAUUUUUAGGUUUUAGUUCUCCUUCUCAACUACUAUUAGUUUACAUACUAUCACAAAGCUUCCAUCUUUUACUAGUAUUAGCAUUACACUUUCUGGUUUUUGGUGUUCCGGUCAUUUCCAUUGAAGGGUUUUGUACUUCUCAAGCUGUUAUCAAUUGGGUACUCAUUCUUUUUUAUAUCUUAUGCUCAAGCUGGUUACUUUUUUGUUCUUUUUUUAUUUGGUUAUGUGAAUAAGGUUGUGUUGAGUGAUGGGAAUUGGUUGUUUUAUGUGAUUUGUAUGGUGCUAAAAAGUUGGAAGUGAAUGCUGUUUGGAUUGAUGCUAUACACUCUCGGUUGUACUGAUUCUUUCCUUUUUUUGUUAUUGUAAAAUGGGAUUGUGCUUGAAUUGGUGAAUUUGGAAUGUUGGUUGAGGAGGAAGGGGUUUUUAUUUGAAUCAAUUUGGAAUUUAGAUUGAGGAAGGCAGCAUUGGAUUGCUCCUAUUUCAAUUGUUUAGUCGUGUUGUGUUUUCUAUUGCAUUCGCGGUAUCAUUGUUGCUACCGGGUAUUUGUAUUGAAACAAAAAGUUUUGGGAGCAGUGAGAAAGAAAAAAUAUUGUAUUUUGCUGUACCAGAAAAAAGCUCUCAUAUUUGAGUAGGGUUUUAGGGUUUUCGGUUUUGGAUGUUUUACUUCAGGAAUAGCUUUCUGCAUUAGUAUUGAUGGCAAUUGAUGCCUUGAGUUUUUUACUAGUUGAAAUUGCUACAAAGAGGAAACUUUGUGCUGUAGAAUUUGGUUAGUUUUUGCUGGAGAAGAAAUGGACUUGUGGGUUGUUGGAGCAGCAGCUGCCGCUGGAUAUGUUGCUAAGUAUUGGAAAAAUGUUUCGAGAGAGAGGGAUGGUUUAUCAGGCUGCAAAUCUGAAAUACAUGAAAACCCCGCUAGUCCCAUACGCAGAUUGGCUCAGAAAAAGAAAGUAAAAGAGGACAGUAACACUGAUGCAGGUGAAAGAUUGUCCAAUAUGUACUGGCUGCACAGUUCCUCAGAAGCAGAGAGUUCUUCUAAUAAUUAUGUUGAAAUGGCUGAAAUUUCGGAUACUUGUGAUGAAAGAAAUGUACUUUCCUUAUCAUGCCUGCCACCUGAAAUCACCAUGGAUGAGAACCUAAAUGAAAAUGAAGGUGAAAAUGGACGACAUGGUAAUAUGGGUGACACAUUUUGUAGGCCGUGUAUUAGUGAAAUGGAUUCUUGUUAUAGGUCUAGAAAGAAAACAAGCUCUCUUAGGACAAAACACAGACAUGGCCGUUUUAUCAAACCUUUGAAUUCCUUAGAAAGUUGCCUAAUGGCUCAGUUAUACAAGGAACAUACGCACAUGGAGGAGUACGUGCCUAGCGCUUUUCCAUCACCAUCCGCAAAAAGGAGGCCGCUGCUUGUUACUGAUGGGAACCGAGUUAUUAAUAGGCUAUAUGGUGGUUCUCUUACUGCGUGCAUUGGUACAGAUGACUACAGGCUGCAAAAGGAUGAAAAUGUGUGUGGGGUUCCUCCAUUACCAAAAAUCAGCAAACUAGAUGUCCCUUAUAAGAUAAAUUCUAAAACAAGAGAAGUGCACAAUGGAGGAUUCAAUAGUUCAUGCAAAGUGGGCGGUGGAGGACUCUUUCGUUCUCAAACAGGUUCACCAAACCGAACGUAUUUGUUUUGUUUGGGUAUAUCUGUUGGCAUAGCCUCUUCUCUCCUAGCUAGCAGAAGAGAAGUAGGUGAAUUGCAAGAUCUGUUGAAGCAGACAGAGAACUUGGUUCAAGAUCUACAAGAUGAACUUGAGAUGAAAGAUUCAUUGACAGUGAAAGAGCUAGCUGAUGAGAAUUAUGAAUCGCUGGAUACAUGUGAGAACUCCUUGCUCGCUAAGGCGCUGAACCCACUCCUUUCCUAUCAUAGUGUCAAUAUUUUGGCAAACAAUGAUGACAGAGAAUCAAAAUCUGAGAAAGCUGAAGAGGAUUCAGGAGACAUGAGUAAAAUUGAAGCAGAGCUUGAAGCUGAACUUGAGAGGUUGGGACUAAACAUGAACAAUGGUAUGGAAAGAAGAUUGUCCAAUCUUGUUGAGCUGGACCCAGACUUUGUGGCAGAUUUUGCACAAGGUGAAUUGAAGGUUGACAUAGUCAAUAGGCGAGUCGUUGGUCAACCCGAGUUGGAUCGUGAUAAAAGUGGCACUCCAACAGUUGAGAAUGGAAAUUAUGCAGUUUCACCCCGAGAAUUGAGUUUGCGUCUGCAUGAAGUUAUCGAAUCCCAACUCGAAGAGCGUAUAAACCAGCUUGAAGUAGCACUUCAAAACAGUCAGAUGAAAGUGAAACUUGCGGAAUCUGAACAUAAGAUUAUGUGGAGGAAAAUGUCGAGGGAUGAACUAAGAUACUCAUCGGGUGAAGAAAGUCCAAUAACGGAACAAGAUUUCAAUUCCACAUCCCAGCCUUUGGUUAUGAAUUUAUCAGGGGAAGCUCUAGAUGCUUACAACGAAGCUUAUGAAGAACUAAUGAAGAUAAACGAGUCAGAGGAUGAUGAUUCGCCAUCUACAUUGUAUGAAAAUAGCCACGAAACGAGCAUACCUUCGUAUAAUCAAAAUGGUUCCGCUACUCGUGUCGCAAACAAUAACAAAAGACUGUCAAGAGAAUCAUAUGUUGAUCAGUUGAAGGUAGCGAUAGAGCAUAGCCCUGGAAUUCGGAAGUUGCUCUAUGAGGGUACGAGUGAGGAUGAAAACAGCAGUAGUGAUGGUGAGAUGGAGAAGCAAUUGAUAAAGCAAAUUGUGGAGAAGACCAGGAAAGGGUCUCCGGUAGUGUUAAAUGCACAAAGGGUGUUGUUGUCCAUGGAUAAGAAAUGAACAUUCUAUUGAAACAACAUAAAAUUUUUGCAGUGUAUAGAUGACAUAGCAUUAACAAUUGAUCUCAUAUAAUUGUUUAUCUAAUUUAUUACCUCUAAAA